AUGGCUAACUGCUCAAUCACAGUACAGUGCUUCGUCUUGGUGACGCUACUUCUGCAACUCCUCUCAUCAUCAUCCUUGGCUUCUUCUGCAGUUACAGUCUCCAUUGAUGGCCACGGAGAUUACACCACAAUCGCCCAAGCCAUAUCAGAAGCUCCCUCCCACAGCGGCACAAAACACACCAUUCUCGUCCGACCCGGAAUCUACAAGGAACUUCUCCACAUCCCACGAGACAAAACCAACAUUCUUCUCAUCGGCGACGGUCGUCAUAAUACUGUCAUUCUCGGACACCAAAAUGGCGGCACCUUGUCUCGAACAGCCACAGUAGCAAUUCACGGAGCGGGCUUCGUGGGCCAGAGUAUAGCCUUUGUGAAUUCAGCUGGGCCGAAGGCGGGCCCAGGGAUUGCUCUGUUGAACGCGGCGGACAGGUCGGUGCUGUACAACUGCUCCAUCGAGGGCUUUCAGGACACCUUAUGGGCUUCAUUGGGCCGUCAAUUUUACCGGGAAUGCCACAUCUACGGCUCCGUCGACUUCGUCAUGGGAAACGCCGCCGCCGUUUUCCAGAACUGCAUGCUCUACGCACGCCUCGCCAGCUUCUCCGUUUUCACCGCCCAGUCUCGCGACGACCCUCUGCAACGCACCGGUUUUGUUUUCCAUUACUGUCGUUUUACGGUGUCUCCUGGUGAUGACGCCGGGAAGCAGUUAUCCGGUGCGGGCAACGCUAUUUUAGGACGGCCAUGGAGGGCGUAUUCGAGGGUGGUGAUCAUGCGGUCGUAUAUUGAUGAUAUAGUGAGUCCAAUGGGGUGGGGAGAGAUGAAGGGGACGCCAACAGAUAAGGUGACUUACGUGGAGUUUGAGAACGAAGGGCCUCGAUCGAACACACGUGGGAGAGUGAGGUGGAUUGGUGUUGUGGAGGUGCAUGAUAAGGAUCAGGUGAAGGACUUCACUGUGUCGAGGUUCAUAAAAGGAGAUGACUGGAUCCCUCCAACUGGGGUUCCAUACAUGGGAGGAUUAUAA